CAUGCUUACAUUGUUGUUGCUGUUGUCCAUUAUUCGGUUGUUGUUGCCAAAGUGGAGCACUCGAAAUGAACCCUGGAAACAACCCACUGAAAGUUUUCAACAGAACACCGCCAGCAAAAGGCAGCUUUCCAUUAGAUCAUGAUGGUGAAUGCAAAACCUUUAUGAAAACAUACAUGCAGUGUUUGCAAAAGAACAAAAAUCAGUAUGAAAAAUGUGUACUAGAGUCUAAGGAGUAUCUGCAAUGCCGAAUGGAAAGAGACCUCAUGAGCCAAGAAGAUUUUCGAAGGUUGGGGUUUAAGGAAGAAGAGAGUGGCAACGAAGACAGCAGGGAUUCUUAACAAGUCUUCAUAAGUCUGCAACCAGUAAGUUGCAGUUGUAAUUUUUAUUGGAGUGUCUUUUUAUUCACUAUGCCGAGUCUUCAAUUAUCAUAGUACAUUCUUAGCUUGAUUUAGCGAUUCUUGUAUUCACCAAUGUCGCAUCAUGUUUGUCAUGCGUUUUCGAACCUUUUUUUCCAAAAACGCAGAACUGGAUACAGUGCAUGAUUUCCUUCUCAAAAGAUGCCGAACACUCUCAAUAUAUGUAGAAAUGUAUACCGCUUAAAGGUAUGAAAAAUAUUCCCUAAUCACACUGGCAAAUAAUUAUAAUGUCUAGUCCUAUAAUUUCUACUGUGAGGACUCUACUGUUGUGAUAUAGGAUGUUAGGUCUGUGUCUCUGCUAUAUUUUCUGUUGUUUUGGAACAUUCUUUAGAACAAUGGGUUUGAUUUCAAAGAAUCCCCUAUACAUUCUUUCUUUUGUUUUACUUUCGAUCCUCAUCAUCUUGGUGAAAAACAAAUUCUAAGCAUAUAGAAUUUAUGUUCUCACUUUCUUACCAACAAAGAGCAAUAGAAAGAUGGAUUAAAUGAAACUUAAUCACGUUCAGUAUGUGAAAGAAGGUCGCCUUUUUUGGUGCCCUUGGCUCUUUUUGGUACAAUUGGCACUAUUGUGGAGUUUGGGUUCAUUGUAGCAUUGUAUUACAUUUUGUUUUUUAUACGGCCAAAAUAAUAAGUGUGCAUUGGCCUCGAGUAUGUAAAAUUUAUGUUGACAUAGUUCCUUUCUCACACGUUGCAAGGCAACCUGAUGUUGGAUUGUGGGGAGCAAAAGCUUCUGCUUUGAGUUGCGUUGCGUUGCGUUGCGUUCCUUUGCUUCGCGUUGCGUUGUGUUGCGUUGCGAUGUUCGGUUCUUUUCCCUAGUUACGGUUCUUAUCGCUAGAAGUUGGUGAGAUCGUUUUAGGCUCUUCCCUCUUGAAUUUUAUUUAAAAGGAAUUCAUAUUCUUGAACAAAGUCAGGACAAGUCUUCUUGAAAAAUUUAUGCCUAUUGCUAAGCAUCCAAACGUUGAUGCGAGAGUUUGUAAGUUAUUUAGCUUCAUUGCAAAUGUUGAGGAUGAUUUUAUUGUAGGAAUUGCUCGUGCUACAAGGAUUUGGAAACCUUGAAAAAAUCUAACUUUGCUGAUUCUACUAAUCUUGAAAAGGCUAUCUUGAAAGCAUGGAAUAUUGAGUAUUGGAAUGUUGGAACGGUAGAAGAUUGGAAUGAGUUUUCUAUAACCGAUAUAACUUCAUGCUAACAAGUAAAUUUGUAUUUAAUUUGGGUUCGUUGAUACCUCAUUAAUGUCGAUCGUAUCAAGUCUUGGCUUUGCAUACUUCGCUAUGGGUGAACCUACUGGCAGGGUUGGAAUCCUUCGGAUCUUGCUCCAAGGUCUAGGGUUGACUUAAGUUCGUUGGGUUUUUCCUUGGAUAUUUUUGGCAAAAACACCUUGGCAAACAAUCUUUGAUAUUU